GUCAGGAAUGUGUUGCGGUGAAAACACGGUGAAAGGGCCUGUGUGCUUAGUAAAGAAAUCGAGAAGUUUUGACAGUUGUUAUAAGGGAUUAACAUUCGAUUAAGGAAAUGGCAACUCCCCUAGAUGAACUAGAUGUGAACAGUUGCUUUGAUGAUAUUGCUUUAGCAGAAAAUAAGUUUCAAUCAGAAGGAUUUACAGAGGGAUUACAAACAGGCAGGACACAAGGGUACAAUGAAGGCUAUAUGUUAGGCAAGGAGAAGGGUGCAGAUAUGGCAACUGAGAUUGGGUUCUAUGAUGGAUACACUGGGGUCAUGAAGUCACUGAUAGAGGAAUCAACAAACGAGAAAACAAGAAAACUGAAGGCUUUAGAAAGUCUACAAGAUAUGAUUCAGUCGUUUCCAUUGAGAGAUCCCUCUUAUGAAAGACUACAUAGUGACCUAGAAAAAAUAAGGGCCAAGUUUAAACAGGUCUGUUCCCUUCUGAAUGUUAAGCCACAGUUUCAAAACUCAUCUGUGAAAGGAAUAUCUUUUUGAUGAGGAUACUCCACAUGCAGUUGAGAAUUUCUUUUAUGAAAGGGAUGAUAGCAAACAGGUUGCCAGGACUGGCACAGCUGAAGGUGAAACCAAGCUCUGGCAGACAUGCAAAAUUUGGUUGUUCAUACAUUGCAUGCCAGUGUUUAUAAAUAACAGCUUUUAUUACAUUGAGACUUGAAGUAUAGAUCUGAAAACAACAUCAACCAACAAUACAAUAAGAGCACGUCUUAAUUGUUUACUAGGACAAUAAACUACCUGCACGUAUUCACAACAUCUGCCAAUAACGUUUUACAGGAAAUUGGUAAAUCAUUACGUAUGCAGUGAAAAGGAAUCUGCUGGAAUUGUCUACCAGAGAAAUCCAAGCAUUUCAUUGAUUUAUCUUUCAAUUUCCCUCAUCUGAAUUAAGUAAUGCCAUGAAUAAUAAUGUAGCAAACUUUAAACUUUUAGAAGUUGUUAGACCUUAAAUGUGUGUCACAAUGACUGUUUGUUGAUUUUGAAACAUCACAUUAUAUUACCUGACAAAAAAUUCCUCCCACCAAAACCACUCUUUGUACUAUUUUCAAUUUUCCUGUGAGGACAUCCCUGAAUUGAUUGAUGUUCUGCCUGUAGGCUUUAA